GUACUUCCUCCGCCAGGGAACGAGGUUACUAUUACUGGAAAAUUCUGUUGGCGUCACUCACGUGCGUGGCUGUAAAGUGAAAGCAGAAGAAUCAAGAUGAGUCUACCAGCCAAGGAGCUGCAACUCCUGCGGGCAUUUGUACAGAUGGUUAAAGAAAAUGCAAGUAUCCUGUACAGCCCCGACCUAAAGUUUUUCAAGGAUUGGUUGGAAAGUAUGAAUGCCACCUUACCAAAAAAACCAGAAAGUCCCCCAGAACCAGAGAAAUCUGAGUCCCCAGAACCAGAAGAGAUGCCUACAUCCGCCCCAGAACCAGCUCCUGAGCCAGCCCCUGAGCCAGAGGAAGAGCCUGAGAGUGAGGAGAGUGACUUAGAAUUAGACACGACGGAUGUGAUAGAGGAUAAUGAUGACGAACUGCCAGAGUAUGGAGAUGAGUCCAUUGAGGUUACUGAAGAGAUGAUGGAUGCGGCUAAUGACAAAAGGUCAGAAGCCAUGGCAGUAAUGUCUGACGGUAAAUUUGAUGAAGCUGUUGAGAAAUUUACAGAAGCUAUCAAGUCCAACCCAAUGUCUGCUCUUCUUUAUGCCAAGAGGGCCAGCAUUUAUAUCAAAAUGAAGAAACCAAAGAAAGCUAUACAUGACUGUACUAAGGCGAUAUCUCUAAAUCCUGACUCGGCCCAGCCCUACAAAUGGAGAGGCAAUGCCAACAA